AUGGCUAAGACUUUCCAAUUCCAGGACAUCCAAGUCAACUCGCCAGGCUUCGGCGCCAUGGGCCUGAGUUUCGGCCUGGGAAGCAAUCUGAGCUUGGAAGAAGCUGAACCCGUUCUACUUAAGGCAAUUGAGCUCGGAUGCACAUUCUGGGAUACAGCAGUUGUUUACCAGGCUGGUGUUAACGAGAAGCUUCUCGGCGACUUCAUCAGAAAGCACAACGUGCGGGACAAGGUGUUCAUCGCUUCCAAGUGUGGAUUUGACGUUUUUGGCUCCGGCGGUAUCACCAACUCUGCUUCUCACAUCAAGCAGUACAUCGAGGGCACUAUCGAGAGACUUGGUUUCACUCCUGACCUCUACUACCUUCAUCGCAUUGAUCCCAACACGCCCCUCGAGGAGUCCAUUACAGCGCUCGAUGAGAUCCGCAAGGCGGGCAAGACGAAGUACAUCGGUCUUUCUGAGUGCUCAGCGGCCACCCUUCUCAAGGCCAACUCAAUUGCCAAGAUCGAUGCGCUUCAAGCCGAGUACUCAGCUUUCGAGACCAUCCACGAGACUGACGGCUUGAUUGAAGCUGCAAAGGAGCUCGGAGUUGCAUAUGUGGCUUACAGCCCCCUGGGUCACGGAUGGCUCGUUGAUGACUUCCAGUACAAGAGUCCAGACGACUUUGCACCCAACGAUUUCCGUCGUGGAAGUCCUAAGUUCCAGGGCGAGAACUUCUACAAGAACAAGGCUAUUGUUGAUGAGAUCAAGAAGCUUGCUGUGCGCAAGGGAGUCACGCUGCCUCAGAUUGCCCUUGCCUGGGUUGCCGCUCAGGGAAUGAUUCCUAUUCCUGGCACAACAAAGGCCAAGAGAUUAGAAGAGAACUGGGUAUCAAGAGACGUUGUUUUCUCCGACGAGGAGAGGGUGGAGAUGCGGAAGAUUAUCGAUGCGGCGAAGCCGCAUGGAAACAGAUACAACCCAACCCAGCAGGCUAUGGUUGGGCACUAA